AAGUGUUGGGGCUGAAGUUUGUGCUCUUGCUUUUAUUUCGAAUUUUCCUUCCCUUUUAAGCAACGGAAGUCAUUUUCUAUAGCGCUUUAUUAUGACAAGUUUCACUCGGUCAUCACGUGCACUGUCGUCAACAAGGCGGAAGGGAUAUCAACGCAGUUGUCUCAGUGAGCUAAGCAUAACUGAAAGUGUUUGCUAACUUCAACCUCACAAAAUCAAAUUGUCUGAAUUUCACUGGCCGUCAUGGCAACAGAGAAAUAUCCUCGAUCUUCAAUUGAAGAUGAUUUUAACUAUGGCACAAACGUCGCGACGGCAAGUGUGCAGAUUCGUAUGGAUUUUCUGCGCAAGGUCUACACCAUACUGUCACUGCAGAUUAUCCUGACAACUGCAACGUCUGCCCUGUUCAUGUUCUGCGACACCAUAAAGGACUUCGUGCACGCAAGCCCUGCCCUGGUGUUGGUGUCAGCGAUCGGCUCGCUGGGUCUGAUCUUCGCACUGGCCGUGUAUCGCCAUCAGCAUCCAGUCAACCUGUACCUGCUUCUGGCCUUCACCCUCGUGGAAGCCGUCUCUGUUGCCACAGCAGUGACUUUCUAUGAGUACUCUGUGGUGCUGCAGGCCUUUGGGCUGACGGCUGCUGUGUUCCUGGGACUCACCGCCUACACCUUCCAGUCCAAGAGAGACUUCAGCAAGCUGGGAGCUGGACUCUUUGCCUGCCUGUGGAUUCUCAUCAUUACCAGCUUCAUGAGUCUGUUCUUCCACAACGAGACGGUGGAGCUGGUGUUUGCCGGAGCCGGGGCCCUGCUCUUCUGCGGCUUCAUCAUCUACGACACCCACCUGCUGAUGCACCAGCUGUCCCCCGAGGAGCACAUCCUGGCCUCCAUCAACCUCUACCUGGACAUCGUCAACCUCUUCCUGCACAUCCUGCGCAUCCUGGACGCCAUGAAGAAGAACUGAGUACCUGCACCGCCCUCUGCUGGUCACACGAGGGAGCACGCCUGGGUCAAAUACGUGCCUGAAAUGCUUUUGAAUCCUUCAGGUUAGGGUAAAGUUUGGAACUUGUACGAAAGAAGGGUUCUUUUCUGAGUAUUCGUGAAAAUAGCCGUUUAUUUAAUGAUGUCUGUAUUCUGCAGUGAUUGUACUGCUGUCUAAAGGGUUUUAAAGUAUUUCAAAUUAUUAUUUGACCCAGAUGCGGAUGUGAUGUCAUGAAAUUUUGAUUUGGGGGGGGUGGGGGUAGUGCUGUCCCUUUAUUUUAUUGUGAAAGUAAUCUUUAUUUCUCCUAAAUCCGCUUGAGUCUGAUCUCCGUAUUACAUCUGUUGUGAUUUCCAGUGUGAAAAAAUAAAUGUUUAAUUGUUGAGGGUGGAGGAGUUUAAAAAAAAAAAAAAAAAAAAACUGUAAAUAUAUUUUCUUUUAAAUAUAUUAUCUUUUUCCUGAUGAUUAUAUAACUCCUCAAAAAGUUUUGUUUAUGACUGGCUGAAAUUUCAUGGAUUUUUUAAACUGACAUUUGCUGAGUGUGCAAAUGCGCUUCUGAAGAUGGAUGGACUAGGAGAGGCCUGGUCCUGCUGUGGGUUUAGCUCUUCAGGAGACUGCGCCCACUCUGCUCUUACUGCGCCCACUCUGCUCUUACUGCGCCCACUCUGCUCUUACUGCGCCCACUCUGCUCUUACUGCGCCCACUCUGCUCUUACUGCGCCCACUCUGCUCUUACUGUGCGUUUCCCUUCCGAGGCUGUGCCAGGAGUUUGUCUGAAGAAGCACAGGGGUCCAAAAUGAGUGUGCUGUGGAAUGUAAAAUGUAGAAAUUGCCUUUUUCAUAGUCACUACACAGCAGACUGCAGUAAAGUCAAAAACAUAGCGGAGAGUGAAGACUAGUACUGAGAGAGGAGCUUGGGAUCCUAGCGUAAUGGGGGGGGGGGGGGGUGCAUGUUCCUUAAAGUGACUGUGUAGCCGAAUAUUGAGAGAUAAAUUGUCAUUAAGGGAUGUUUGCCUGUUUUUUUGUUGUUUUUUUUUAAUACUUAUUAUCAAGACCGCAAGUGCAAUAUUAAUUAAAAUGUCCAGAAAUAGUGUAGUUGCACGUGUAUGUGGAGAGCACCCAGUCCUGUAUGUGAGCUCAGUGUGUGUGUGUUUGUAAAAUGAAACGUCCUCUCUGCGGUUUCAGGGUCGGAGUAGGGCAGGGAGGGCUGUAUGUGUCUCACUGUGGAAUCUAAAAGAAAAUAAAAUGUAUUAAUUGAAGUGUAGAAAA